CUUUUAUUUAUGAAAAAGAUUAAUAAAUGAAGCAACUUUUUUUAAUUCAUAAAAGAGCAUAAUUCUUUUGAAAAAGAAUCUAAGAGUUAUCCUUCAUUAACAGUUAGAAAAUUGUUGUUGAUAAUUAAUAUUACGUUUUGAUUAUAAUUAUACAAUUGGUAAAAAUGUUAUCAAUACAGACUUUUAUCUGUGAACAGUAUAUACAAAAAGCUUCUUUCUUAACGGGCAUUUUAUUGAAGAGAUCAUUAAAUCCAACAGCAAGUAUCAUCCAUAUACAAAGAGGGAAAAAAAGUAAAAAUAAUACUGAGGAUAUAAAUAAAUUAUUUCAUCCUGUAUCUAUUAAGUCAAAUCCAGAUGAUAUUAAUAUAGGAAAUGAAUUGACUGGUAAUUUAAAUAAGAGAGAUUUACUAGUAAUUUUAAAUAAAUUUAUAGAGAUGAAGGAAAUUAGAAGUUUGGCGAUGGAAUGUGGACUAGAUGAUUAUUUACAAAAGCAAGCAUUUGUAAGAUUCAGAGAAUAUUGUAUACAGUCACAAUCAUUGCCAGUUGAUCUUCAUAUUAUUUUAAGUGAUGUUCUUCGUAAUGUUGCAAAUAUAACAGAUAUUUAUCCAUAUUUUUUACGUUUCGCUAAAAAAAUAUUUCCACACAUGGAAUGUUUAGAUGAUCUCAAAAAAAUUAGUGAUCUCAGAUCGCCAGCUAAUUGGUAUCCAUAUGCAAGAGCAAAAACACGAAAAAUAAUAUUUCAUGCUGGUCCAACAAACAGUGGUAAAACCUAUCAUGCUUUAGAAAGAUUUAUAAGAGCAAAAAGUGGAGUAUAUUGUGGACCAUUAAAAUUAUUAGUUUCAGAAGUAUACAGUAAAUGCAAUAGUAUGGGAACUCCUUGUGAUUUAAUAACUGGAGAAGAGAGAAGAUUUGCUCAUAGUCCAGACACUCCAGCAAAUCACAUAUCUUGUUCUGUGGAAAUGGUUAACAUAAAUUCUCCUUAUGAAGUUGCAAUAAUUGAUGAAAUUCAAUUAAUUCGAGAUCCUGGCAGAGGAUGGGCAUGGACCAGAGCUCUUCUUGGAAUUUCUGCUGAUGAAAUACAUCUUUGUGGUGAAACAGCUGCAAUAGAUUUAGUAAAUGCUAUAUGUCUUACAACAGGUGAAACUCCAGAAAUUCGAAAAUAUAAACGGUUAACUAAAUUAGAAGUAGAAAAUACAGCACUUCAAACAUUAAAAAAUGUUCAACCUAGUGACUGUAUAGUUUGCUUCAAUAAAAAUGAUAUAUUCACUGUAUCACGUCAACUAGAAGCAGAAGGAAUAGAAACAGCAGUGAUAUAUGGUAGUUUACCACCAGGAACGAAACUUGCACAAGCUGCUAAGUUUAAUGAUCCAAAUAAUUCUUGUAAAAUAUUAGUAGCAACAAAUGCAAUUGGGAUGGGAUUAAAUUUACAUAUUAGAAGAAUUAUAUUUUACUCUUUAAUACAACCAACAAUAAAUGAAAAGGGAGAAAAAGAAAUGGAUACAAUUUCUGUAUCUACAGCUUUGCAAAUAGCAGGCAGGGCAGGACGUUAUGGCACACAAUGGGAAACAGGCUAUGUCACAACUUAUAAAUCACAGGAUCUUCCAACACUGAAAAAUUUACUCAAUCAAAAUCCUGAGACGAUCACUCAAGCUGGCCUUCAUCCAACAUCAGAUCAAAUCGAAUUAUAUGCUUAUCACUUACCAGACACACCAUUGUCAAAUCUUUUGGAUAUUUUCGUAACUCUAUCUAUAGUUGAUGAUUCUUUAUACUUUAUAUGUAAUACAGAAGAUUUUAAGUUCCUUGCUGAUAUGAUACAACAUGUUCCUUUGCCAUUACGUGCACGAUACGUAUUCUGUUGUGCACCAAUUAAUAGAAAACUUCCAUUUUCAUGUGCUAUGUUCCUAAAGUUUGCUCGUCAAUAUAGUAAAAAUGAUAAAAUUACCUUUAACUGGUUAUGCGAACAUAUUGGUUGGCCAUUUUCAACACCUAGAUCUAUACUUGAUCUUGUUCAUCUGGAAGCUGUGUUUGAUAUUAUGGAUUUAUAUCUUUGGUUAAGUUAUCGGUUUAUGGAUUUAUUCCCUGAUGCAAAUAUAGUACGAGAUGUCCAGCGAGAAUUAGACUCAAUUAUUCAAAGUGGAGUACAUUGUUUGACACAAUUAUUAAAUAAUUCUGGAAUAGAAGGGACAAAUGAAGAAAUAUCUAUUUCAGAAACAGAUCAAUUUUAUUUACAAACACGGAAAAAUAACUUUUACAAAGGAUAUAAUGAAACUAAUAAACAUAGGUCCUCUGUACCUCAGAGGAAGGGUAAAUUAACAGAAAGAUUAUUGGCAGAAGGUUUGCUAACACCACAAAUGUUGCAAGAACUUCAAAAUGAAUGGGCCAAAAAGAAAAAAUAAAGUUAUUUUUUAUAGAAAUUAAUCAUCAAAACUCUACGUUAAAUUUUUUGGUAUAAAAAAUUAAGUCCAUCAUUGUAUAUUCAAUCAUUUUGAGAUAGUUUUAAAUGAAAACUUCUCUUAAAAAAAGUAAUAAAAGAAAAAAAAUUUUUUCUUUUGAUUAGAUAAAUAUUAAACAUACUUGUAAAAUAAAUAAACAAUUUUAAAAGA